AUGCUUUCAUUGGAAGUUUCCUCCUGCCAUUGUGCGUUAUCCCAAAUUGAAACUUCAUUGAAAAUCAAUCACGCGCGCCGCAAAGUGUGCCUUACCUCAUCGACAUCCAAAAAGCUCCAUGGCGUGACUUGUAUGGAACGUAUGGAAGUCUCCUCAUCCGACGAUGAGUCUCUGCCAGAGAAGCGUGUCCGAGAUGCUGCUGCGGAAACUCUGGUGACUUGGGCUGCGCUACCUGAUACUGCAGAUGCGCGGCAUCGAUUUGAUGACCAUAACUCUGACUACUUGCUUUGCCAAGUAGCAGGUCGAAGUAUCCGAAUUGCGCAAAAUCGUGCCAGACAAGGGGAGCUUGGUGUGACUGGAUGCUGUGUGUGGGAUGCUGCAGUGGUCUUGGCACGUUAUUUGGAGUGGGCUGAAGAGCUGCGAAGUGGUUCCAAGACUGAAGUGGGAGUUCAGGCUGUGCAAGAUGCAGUGCACGGCCGGAAAUGUCUUGAGCUCGGAGCAGGUUGUGGCCUUGCAGGAUUAGCCGCUGCAGCCUUGGGGGGACUUGUAACAGUGACAGACAGAGAAGAGACGCUGUCCCUGCUGGAACGCAAUGUCAAAGACUUUGCUGCUGAACAUUGCCGAAGUUCAGAGCAAAGGCCUCGCAGAAAAGGAAAGGUUGCAGCCUCUGCAGUAGAUAUGGGAGCUACCGGCCGUUUGGAAUGUCCCCAUGCAGAAUAUCUUGAUUGGAGUGAGCCUCUGGAACUAGAGCAGGUUGAUGGGAAACCCUACGAGGUGAUCCUCGCAGCGGAUUGCUUGUACUCUUUGGAUGGAGCUGCAGCGCUGGCUUCUGUGGUGAAAUCACUUUGUUGCGAACCAGAAAGUCCUGCUUUCCGCGCGACCGUCAUGCUUUCACAGGAGCUUCGCGCUCCAGAGGAGCCAUACCAGCCUCUUCUUGAAAAGUCAACCACUUGAGGCGUGAAAGCUUAUCCUGUAGAACUUCUUGCGAGCGUGAAGCUAAAUUUACAGAGGCAGACCUUUUGCGUCAUGAUAACAGUCGAUUUGAAGCCUUUGAACUGUUCAGACAUCCAAGAUAAGUUUCAAUUUGCACAACAUGCCAAUCUAUGUGAGGGGCAUAUUUUACUUGGGUGCAAUUCAUUCAUUAAAAUGCAGCAUCCUAAAUUAACCAGGACCUUAAUCCUCAUGAGCUUUGGCAGACAGGACUGGGAUUCAAGAUCUUGGUGGGAGGUCUUGGAGUUGUUCUCCUUGGAGUGGAAUGGAUUGCAGUGGUCCUCACGCAGCCCCUAAAAGACGAAAUGGACGAUUAUGAUUACGACAACUGGUUUGUCAACAUGCUGGGCGGUUCCUAGACUUUCGGUGCAAUUGGGCGGCCACCGUCCGAGAUUCCCAGUCCAUCUCCAUAGUUCAGCGGACUCGUGUGCAACACAUGUUGUGGUCGUUUCACAUUGGAGAGAAAUCUCAUUUUUGAUAAAUUAAACGUCUUGCCUUUUCCGGACUUGUGCAGAGGUGGGGCUCAGAGCCGGCAAGUGUACAGUCAACCGCCUUGCAUCUGAGAAUAUCGUGGUAGAAAGAAUUCAGGACAGACUGGGAAAGACU